GAAAGCACACUGGAUAGAGAAACCGUGUCUGAGUAUAACGUCACCAUUACAGUUUCAGAUGAAGGGACUCCGCCUCUCUCCAGCAAUAAGAACAUAACUGUUAAAGUUUCAGAUGUAAAUGAUAAUCCACCCAAGUUUGAUCAACCUGUAUAUAGUAAGUCUAUUCAGGAAAACAACUCGCCAGGGUUUUCUAUAUUCUCAGUGAGAGCGGGUGAUGCUGACUGGGGUCAAAAUGCCCGCGUCUCCUACUUUCUCGAUGAUAAACAAGUUAACGGGGUGACUGCUUCCUCUUUCGUCUCAGUAAAUUCAGAAAAUGGCGCCAUCCAUGCUGUUAGGUCAUUCGAUUAUGAACAAAUCAAGUCGUUUCAAUUCAACGUCACUGCCCGUGAUGGAGGGUCUCCACCUCUCAGUUCAAUGGUCGCUGUUAGAAUAUUAGUCCAGGACCAGAACGACAACUCGCCUCAGGUUCUGUACCCAGUCCAGACUAGCAGCUCUCUGGUGGCUGAAAUGGUGCCUCGUUCAGCAGAUGUGGGAUAUCUUGUCACUAAAGUGGUGGCUGUUGAUGUGGACUCUGGACAGAAUGCCUGGCUCUCCUAUAAACUGCAGAAAGCGACAGACAGGGCGCUGUUUGAAGUGGGCUUACAGAAUGGAGAAAUAAGAACUAUACGCCAAGUCACUGAUAAAGAUGCUGUGAAACAAAGGCUCACUGUUGUAGUGGAGGACAACGGGCAGCCCUCUCGUUCAGCUACAGUCAAUGUUAACGUGGCGGUGGCGGACAGCUUCCCUGAAGUGCUCUCGGAGUUCACUGACUUUACGCACGACAAGGACUACAACGACAACCUGACUUUUUACUUAGUCUUGGCUUUGGCUGUAGUCUCCUUUCUGUUCAUCACAUGUUUAGUGGUUAUUAUAUCAGUGAAAAUAUACAGAUGGAGACAGUCUCGCGUCCUCUAUCAUUCCAAUCUCCCUGUUAUUCCGUAUUAUCCACCGCGUUACGCAGACACUUUGGGGACAGGAACUCUACAGCACGUGUACAAUUACGAGGUGUGCAGGACGACUGACUCCAGAAAGAGUGACUGUAAGUUCGUCAGACCGUGUAGUCAGAACGUACUGAUAAUGGACCCCAGUUCUACAGGGACGAUGCAGCGGAUGCAGAGCGAAAAGAACAUCCUGGAAGAACCAGACUCCCCACUAGAGUAUGUCAGCGAGUGA